AUGAUACCAUCAAAAGUAAAUGCAUUAAAAGUGAAUUUUAAUAUUGCUCUUGACUUAUCUCUCUGUCAUUUUAAUUAUACAAUUCAGAAAACCUCUCAUUAUCAAUUAAAUAAUACUAAAGACAUAUUAAUCAUUCAAUUAUCAUAUGAUUGUUCUUUGAUUCAACAAUUAGCCACUUUAAAAAAUCUUGAUUGGACGCAAAAUUAUUUUGCUAUUAUUUUUUCAAUCAAUCAUGAUAAUAAAAAAUUUGAACAUACAUUAUUAUCAUAUAUUGAUAAUCAAAUAAAAUCUUCUAUUUCAAUGUUGAAUCAUUCAAAAUAUUCAUGGUCAUUUGAAUUUCCAUUAUAUAGAAAUCUAAAUGAUUAUAGUUUAAAUCAAACUAAUAUUGGUUUUAUAGAUGCAAACGAAGUUAAACACUUAAAUAAUAUUCUUGCGAAUCAAACAAAUUUCUUAUUAUAUCGUAUUAAUCGAGAUAAUAUUCAAUUUGAUCCAUGUAUUUUUAUUUUUAUUAGUAUUAUCAUUAUCUGUAUGUUAGUUGGUAAUGAAUGGCAUCGUAGAGUUUAUAUGAAAAAAAUCCUUAAUCAUUAUGAUAAUUAUAAAUCAAAAACGAAUAAAUUUAAAUAUGGAUUAAUUGUUGGUUUAUCAUUAUUAAUUUCCUUUCUAUUAUUAUAUAUUAUUGAUCAAUAUUGUACAUUUAUAAUAGGAUACCGAAAUGCAAUGAUUAUUAAUCCAGAAUUUCCAAUGAUUAUUUGGAAACUCAAUGGAGAUAAUCGAAAUUGGAUUGAUGUAGAAUUUAUUCAACAUUUAUAUGUAAAUAUGUUUGAAAAUAGUGGCUUAGAUUAUUUAUUAAGUGGUGGAAGUAUGAAUAUAUUAAAAAUAAAUGCUAUGAAAUGGAUUAUAAAAGAAAAUAUACCAUUUGUAUUUAAUUUUUCUCGAUUGAUUAGAAAUAAUGAUGAUUGUGAUUUUCAUGCUGGUCGAAUUUAUUUAUCAAUUGAUGAUAUUAUUUUUCCAUCAUUAUUAAUUAAUUUUUGUCGUUUAUUUGAUAUUGGAAAUAAUAUUCAUUCUCGAAUUUAUUAUAUUCAAGUAUUAAUUAGUUAUACUGUAGCAUUGUUUCUCUCAUAUGUAAUAAUGAUUAUUACUAAACGUGAUCAAUUAUCAUCAAUUGUCAUUUAUCCAUUCAUAGUUUUCUCAACAAUUUUAACAGGAGUAAUACGAGGUGAAUGUCGGAAACUAUUAAAAGGAACAUUAACAACAUUUGAGGAACGUCAAAUUGGAUUUGGAAAAAUUACAGUUAAUUUUUCAAUAGAUAACAUAGUACAUUCAAUGAAUACAACGCAAUGGAUGAAGAUGAUUUUUAUUUGGGUUCGCCUGCUUUAA